UGAGGAGUAUGGGUCACUGUGGGAUCCCACGUACAAGUGUGGUCAUUCAGUGGCCGUGAACAGUGCUUGGUUUUCAUCUCGCUUACAUGUGGAGACUCAGAGGCAGCCAGACUUGCAGAACCUUGGGGUUGCUAUGGCUGUGUCCUUAUUAUGGCUUUAUUGUCUACAUGUUACACUGAUUUUCCUACUACUAUGUGGUGACUCUACUCAAGCAGAACCAAAUCUCUGUGAUUCAAGUUGUGCUGGGCUUCCUACUCCUGACUUGUCCUUUCAAAGGGGGGUGAGGUAUACUUACAGGUACAGCACAGUAAUUACCACCACCCUUCAUGGCUCCAAUACAGGCAGGAAUGGAUUGGCUUUGGAUUGUGUGGUUGAUAUUGAUGUGGUCUCCAAAUGUCACUUAAUGAUGCAGUUUAGGAAUCCACAGAUAAAGCGGCUGUCUCCUCAGAAGGAACACUCUGUGCAGCGCCUAAAAAGCCUGAGGGAGUCACUGGAGAGAUCACGCCUCAAGUUCUCCCUUCAGGGGGGAAAGGUCACGGCCCUCUGUCUCCAGGAGGGAGAGCAGGUGUGGGCCCUCAACAUAAAAAGAGCUCUAUUGAGCAUGCUCCAGACCUCCCACACAGCCUCCAAACAGGAAUUAGAAGAGGAGACAGAUAUAUACGGGACUUGCACCAGCAGGUAUGAGAGGCGAGGACCCGUGCUGCUGAAGACCAGGGUUCUAAAACAAUGCCAAGAGUCCAGACUGGCAAACUUCUGGCCCCAUUCAGUAGCUCUAACUGAAGAUACAUCAGUGCAGUCAGAGCUACACUGUGUUCAGCGCCAUGGCUCUACAGUGUUGGAAGAGGUAAACUGUACUGAAGCAGUUUCCAUGGCAACAUGGUCCCGGACUGCAGGGCUGGUGCAAACCCAAACAGUGUCUACGUUGCUCCUGCUCAGAGCCCAGCCAGGAAAUCCUUUAGGAGUAGAUUUGUUAAGCUUUGGUGUACUAACAGGCCUACAGUUUGAGGAUGAGCGGGCCAUGAAGACAGAAAAAACCAGGGUGGCAACACCUUUACAGGCCAGUCAGACUGUCAGGAUGUUGUGUAGUAUCACCUCAGACCCUCAACAGGUAUCACAACAGUUCCUUCAACUGGCUUUCCAGCUGAGAGAUCUGACUCUCCCUCAGCUCAAGACACUCUGGCAAGAAGCAUCUUUCAAGUGCCGCAAUGACUGGCAGCCGUUGUUAGAUGCAUUGGCAGCGUGUGGGUUUGAAAACUGCAUCAUACUGCUGACGGACCUGAUGAAGAACAAAGAGCUGGAGGAGGAGCAGGCUCACUCUUUCCUUACCACCAUAGCCCUCAUCCCACAGCCAUCGCCACAGAUCAUCGACUCCAUCAAUGCCUUACUGGAGGUCCCAGAGGUACGGUCCAAGGCCCUGUUGGCUGGAUCAUCUCUGGUUUAUCAACUCUGCCAAAGAUCCCAAACCUCCUGCACUGAACUUCCUCAGGUACAGACCUUCAUCCAGACAUUAGAAGAAACACUGAAGGGAGGCUGCAACGAAGAAGAACCUACUCGAGUGAGAGAGGUUUUUUAUGCACUGAAAUCCUUGGGAAACACUGGCCUGUGUGCUCAAACCUUCAUUCCUCUGUUGAAGCACUGUGUUCUCAGCCACUCAGCAGCACUAGAGCUGAGACUGGCUGCUGUCCAGACCUUCAGACGCUUUCCCUGUUCAGCUGAUAGGUCUGUGCUGUUGCAGCUGUACUGCUCCUCCCAGGAGGACCCUGAGGUCAGAAUUGCUGCAUACCAGCAGCUCAUGCACUGCCCUAACCAGAACAUAUUCGAAGUGGUGAGGAAGACACUGAGGAAUGAGACCUCCAGCCAAGUGGGCUCAUAUGUAUGGAGUCACCUGACUAAUGUCCUCAGGAGCGAGGACCCCAUGAAGCAGGCCCUAGUUGAGUCACUGCCUGAUGACAUUAUCAGCAGAGACUUUGAGGCAGAAUUUUUUAAGUACUCCUCCUAUUCAGACUACACUGUUGCCACAGGUAUGGGAAUUGUAAAUGUGGAAACAUCUUUGAUUUUCUCCCCCAAAUCAUUUCUCCCAAGAUCUGCUGCUGCCAACCUCACAGUGUAUUUUCAUGGUAGAGCCCACAGCCUACUGGAAGUGGACCUUUACAUCGAAAAUGCUGAACCACUUUUGAAGAACAUUUUUGGUCACCAGAGCCCUGACCCUUAUGGAGAGGCCACGGCUCAAAGUCAAAAACAUGCACGGGAGAAGGAGGCGAAGAGGACAAGAAGAAAAAGAGAUGAUAGCCAUAGAGGAAGAGAAAUGUGUUCAUCCAGCACCAGCAGCUAUCUGAACCAGGCCAAGGCCAUGUUGUCUGGGAGGAGGAAACCAAAGGAGAGCAGGCCCAGGUGUUGGGCUGGUAUAAAGGUGUUUGGGAAUGAGAUCAGUGUGUUUACAUGUGAUGAUCUCUACAAUCAGUUCAAUCAAGUUUCGCUGAGCAUGGCAGGAAUGGCUGUCAAACUGCUGAAGGGUCAUGAGGUUCACUUGAACCACAGGGCUGUGCUGAUGACAGAGGAGCUGGUAUUACCCUCUCUGUCCGGUUUGCCUGUCAAACUGGGCGUCAACAUGACCUCCCUCAUUUCACUGCGCCUGAAGGGCAAUAUGAACUACAGGGAUACAUCUCACUUCUCCUUGACUGGAUACAUCAAACCCAGCACCUAUGUGGGGCUGUCAGCCAGGUUUGGGGUUGACGGCGCACUGGGUCAGGCUGCGGUGGACUGGGUCUCUGAGAUAAGGAGUUCUGUCAGUCUGGAUGGCAGUGUUCAGCUGCAGGAGGGGCGGGAUGUCAGGGUCAUGCUUAACACACCCGAGGACAUCAUGGACAUCAUCUCUCUGAGUUCCCAAGUGUUUCAGCUCAGUGGAGACCACAGAGAGGAGAUAAGGGGGUCAAAGAGUCGAGUCCAGAAGACCACCUGCACACCAAAGAAUUGGUCUAAGAUGGUCGGCUGGCAGCUGUGCUCCAAUUCAUCUUACCCGUUACCUGCUGCCGGUCUUUCACUUCCCCCUCCUGGACCUGUCUAUCUCUCCAUCAGGCUGCUAAAGUUGGACAGAAGUCUCCAUUACUACUUGCUGGAGGCUGCCUAUUCACUACUGCCACAGACAGGCACAUGGCUCCCCAGAGAGGCCUCUAUCCACCUCCUCCUGGCCACUCCUCAGUCCUCCAUCCCCAGGGACAUGUCUCUGGACCUGGCCUUCAGCUUUCACCGGCUGCUGCUAAGGAUCACUCAUCCUCUCAAAACCAUCCACAUACAUGGGCAACUUGAAAAAGAGAGGAAUAUAAAGUCAGGGAAGCUGGAGCUGACAGUUGAUGGUGUUCAUUAUUAUAUCAUGGGUUUGGUUGACACUGAGAUCCUCCUAUUAGAGCAAAGGACCAGAUACCACCUUGAAGCCAAAAUGGCCACUGAUGGACAUCCCAUGAUUCUCUCUGCUAAUGUUACUCGUGGACCGGGCAAGAAGACCAGCUUCUCUGCUAGUGUGAAGAAUGUGUUCAGAGAAACUGCGUCACUGUCCGUGGCCCUGGAGCGCAGGCGUGACGGCAGCAGCAGCAGCCAGUACUCUCUGGAGGCGGAGCUCCCCCUACCUGGUGUGGUUGGUAGCAGGAUGCUAGGACUGAUAGAGCAGAAGGGCUCACUGUGGAGCUCCGCAGUCAGGUUCAAAUAUGGCCUGGGAGGUGAUGCCCGGCACCUGCGUCAGGAGUGCUACACGUCUCAGAGAACGAGGAGCGAGAGGCACUCAAACCGUACCUAUAUCAUGAGAGUGGAUCAUGAAUUCUACUGCUCCAACACAGCUCCUAUCAGCCACAAGGUCCACCUCCAACAUGAGGAAAGCCCCAGCCACAUUAAAUCAACCCUGGAUGUGAGCUAUGGGAAACACUGGGAUGAGAUAAACAACAAAUGCACACUCCUGCUGAGUCAGUCCUUUAAAAACCAGUCCACACCAAAUCACACCAGAUACACACUGGAGUUCAGUCUCCAUAUGCCAGAGAAGAAUCUAAACUACAGGACCCAGCUCCUCUACUCUCACCUGAGACAGCUCGGGUCUGAGAGCAGCACUCAUCUCAAAAUCAACUACAACAACCUGAUGCCCCUGGUGGCAGGUUUAUACUGGAAAAGCUCUCCUACAGAUCCCCUGAAGAAGAAAUGGGAGGGCACAUUUAACAUGGACACACCAUGGCUGUACAUCUACACCUCCCACAAGCUGAGCCAACUCCAGCGCUACACACUCCAGCUCACGUCGGAGCUGACAGCCAGCAAGUGGCUGACCAUCCGUAACCUCAUCCUGGAGGGUUUCUACAGGGACAGGGGCAGAGAGAGGGAAACCCGUCUGGAGCUCUACACACCAGCUGUCACCUACCUCAAAGCAGGAGGGUGGAGCAUGGUGGGGAAACAAUGUGUGAACGCCUCCUGCUCCCUGAGCUCAUUGUGGACCCCUCCCCUGAGAGGGGACAUCUCUCUGGAGGCCUCUAAAGUCAGCUACAUCCUGCAGGUGGCCUCCACCUAUGGCAAGCACAACAUCAGCCUCGCUGCUGCCCUGAACACCCUAGGCAAGACUUUGAAAAAAAGGCAAGCAACACUGAAGGUGACCUUCUCAAAGCCCAAGAGUCCAUCCACAGAGCUGGAGUUUGAGGGGGCAGUGGAAGAGCUGAGGAAGGACAAGCAAAUGUAUCAGAAAACUGCAAUGCUCAGGCUUAGACAGCCCUUCCAGACCUUCCCUCAGACACUCCUUCUCAGGGAAACUUUCACUGUCGACCUCUUGAAAGGCCUCUACAUCCUGGAGUCUAAAGCUGGUUUCCAUGGCAACGGAGAGGUCACCCACACCCUCACCCUUGGCUACCACCCACCGAGUCCUUUUAUUUGUUCUGCACUGAUCCAUCCUUUCAGCUCUGACACUGUUCCAUCAGACUCAGAAAUCUGUGUGACCAUAUUCAGCAACCAGACCCAGAAGGACAUACAAGGGCGGUUACAAGUUGGCAGCAAGAACAGGCUGACUCUCUUUGGACAAGUUCAGUUAAACCCUUUGAACUCAAGUCACCAAGCAAUAAAGGUUAAAGCCAAGUUCACCCACCAGCUCCAGCUGCAGCUCCCCUCCUCUGCUAUAAUGGAGGCAGAUGUAUGCUGGAACCCCAAAAACAACACUGACUUUGAUUAUCAGACCAGAGGGAAGCUGAGAAUAGAGCGACAGGAGUGUAAAUUUUCUGUACAGCUGAACGGAACAUCAGGCAGGGUUGGACUCCAUUCGUCUCUCAGUCACCCCUUCAAAUCAAAGAUUCCCAAAACACUAGAGGUAAAGGCCACUGCAGACAUGUAUACAGUGCCUGGUAAAGGGAGCAGCUCAGUAUAUGUGAGGACUGAUGGGAAGGACAGGGUGAAUCUGGAUGCCCAACUGUCCCACUUCCUCCAGAGAGAAGACAGAGCUGUGGGACUGAGGGUGAACUUAUCCCAAAGUUUGCUGACUACAGCCAGCAACCUGCAUCUAAACAUGGCUGCCAACAUGUCCUCUGACAGUGUAUCUCUACAUGGCUCCUAUACACAUGGACAUGAGGCUCUGCUAGUUCAGGUGAAAGGUUCACUAAAAAAUACCAGGGGGCUCCAGCUGUCUGUGUCAGGGGACCUGCAGCACUCCAUGGCCAACCUCACUAUUGUUCCUCCAGCCCUGUGGUUGAACGGGGCACUGGGACUGUCUGACACGCUCAUCAAAGGACAGUUAAGAGUUAGAGUAAUGGACACGUUAUGCAGUGUGGAGCUGAGGCAUCAGGAGGAUCCUGGAGAAUCUCCAAACAAAGGAGAUGAAGAAGACAUGAGGGGGGAAAAGUCCCACAGGGCCCGUGAUUGGCUGUGUGUUGGUUUGGGGCAGGAGAAUUUGUGUGUGAAUGUGAGCCGCCAACAAGGGAAGCACGGGUGGAGUGAGGUCUACACCCAACUUUCUCACUCUGUCCGCUUGCUUGAGGCCUCAGGUGUACCUGCUAAUAGUAGUGCCCAGGUGAGCUGGGGCCAAGAUGGUAGUCGGCUGUCAGUCCUGGCAGAAUUGCAGGCUGGACCUGAACAUUUAAAAGCAGAGUUUAAUGGAGGCAAGACAGACCAACUUGUCCCACGAUGGGAAUACUUCUCCAGGCUACAACACCAAGUGAAAGCCCUGCUGAAGAGAGGCCUGUUGAGCACAGUUCAAGCCAAAGCUCACUAUCAGUUAGAAGCAGCAGGGCUGGACUCAGGUUUGGUUCUUCUCAUGGAAGAUGAAAGACUGGUUGAUGUCCUUUUAAAUACUGGUUCAAGAAACAGCACAGCUAUACUGGUAAUGUCUAUAUGGCAACAGACAAAGCUACUGCAGGGACUCAUUCCCACAUUUUUACAGGUGAACUGCACAGGGGGCGCCACUGCAGACCGACUCUCAGCCCAGUGCCACGGAAAUGUGGUGGGUCGUCCUGCGGAGACUGUGCUUCCCCCACAGACCUCAGUCAACGUCUCUGUUGUCCAUUCUGGUGGGUCCAGAAAUCUCAGCACCAUUCUUUACUCUGAGGCGAGACAGAAAGGCAGCUUUGUACUCUGCCUAACUUCUCACCCCAGUCUUAGUCUGACAGCAUCUAUCCAGCAUUCCAUAGAGACAGUACAGACACCGGCAUUUCCCACCCAUGUAGCGAUAAUCCUGAAUGCCUCAACUACACAUCUGCCCGGUGUGGAGGUUGGCCUGGAGCUGGGACGCUGUUAUUUCAGGAGCAAAUUGGGGAAGACUAAAGAAACAGAAGGGGACCAGUCUUCUUAUGCUGUCAGUGUGACUAACUACUGUCCUGCUCUGCAGGGAACGGUUCUCCCAGUGUUCUUGACUCUUCAGGGCCUCCUGUCAGUCGCUCCCUGCCAGCUGACGCUGACCUCCUCUCUGAGGGCAGACACACAAGACCUCUCCUUGGAGCUGAGUCAAUCCUGCAGGCCUCAACAUCUCUCCGGGACCUUCACUCACUCCUUCUCUGGGCUGAGGAGCUGGGGCCUGCCACAGACGGUCAGCAUAGAGGCCACUGCUCCUGGAGGCCCAGAGCAGACUGAAAGGCUGUUCGUCAGAGCUGGGACAUGUCAGAUUAGAGCCAAUAGGAUCACAGAGGCCAAAGGAAGGACACUUUGGCUCUGGGCUCUGGAGUCCAAAUGCCCACUGUUACAGGCCCAUUUGAAUGGUUCAGUGUGGCAGGACCCCGAGGGUCUCUGGACAGCUAUGGUGGACACUGAUCUGCAGGGCAAAAGGACUCUCCUGAAGCUUAAUGCAAAGGCCUGGCCAGAGCUGAGUGUGGAGGGUGAGCUCAGUCACAACCUUCCUGCUCUCAGAGGGUUACCUGAACACAUCAGAGCGAGAGUAACCAGCAGGAUGGGAAAACAACAGUAUGACACCGAAGCCCUUCUUCAGUUGGACCAGUGUGUUGUCAGAGCCACUGGAGCUGUGAUGUCACAAUCAGGCCUGCAGGGCUCGCUGCUGUAUCACAACAACUGCUCUGGGAUUCAGGAUAAAAAUGAAGCAUCACUUACUCUAAACCACACUGUGCCCUUGUUGAAGAAACUAGGUCUGCCUGCAAAUGCCACAGUAACAAUACAUUUUAGGAGUCACAGCAACGGUUCGUGGUUUUACAUGUUAAACAGCAGUGCAGGAAAUCAGAUGAUAACGCAGGAGACGACAGUGGUGAAGGCAUCUGAAACAGUGAGAGUGAAGAGUACUUUCAGACAUGCAGUGAACUAUCUGAAGAAACUGGGAGUACCUGCAAACAACAGCAUCCAGGUAGAGCUUGGUUCUGCUGCAGGGAAGGUACUGACCCUAGCGUCCCAGUUUGGAGGUCAGCAGGCAGCACUGACUCUAAAGACGAAGUGUCGCCUAACAACUACUGAGAUAAGAGGAAGCAUGUGGCACAGCUGGUCAUGGCUACAGGACAGAGGACUACCACACAGUGUAGAGGGUCUAUGCUCCAUCCAGGGGGUGUUUUCUGAGCUUCAGUCCAGGGCUCAGCUCUCUGUGGACAGACACCAGCUACUUGACUCAGGCUUGAAUGUCAGUGUGGCUGAUGGACGUCUGGCUGUGCAGCUCUCCUAUUCUCCACCAGCUUCCAGUCUAAUACAGCACAGUCUGGACACUGCACUGGCUGCUCAGUUUAAAGGUCCUCUGUGGAGCACUUCGGUGGAUGUUCACUGCCAAGACUGGAGGGUCCAGGUGGAUGGGGAUGUGGGUGGCUGGGGAACCCAUGCAGGGUCCAAGGAUGCCAGAGUCACAUUAAAACACACUGUAAAGGGACAAUCUAGCCCCACCCUACAGGUUGAGGCCUGGGGAAGACUGACAGACUCCCAGCUGAGGUGCUCCAUGGCUGUGAACCCUGAACUCAGCUCCUCACUUGCUCUCAUCAUCCAAGGACACCAUCUGCCUCACAGUAAGGACCUGAUGGUGAAGCUGGUGCAGAAUAUCCCCAAGCUGUUGGUAUACUUGCCCUCUCAGCUAAAUGUUCGGUCUCAGCUGAACCAGUCUCAGUCCAGCGUGGCAGGUUUGGUGGAGGUGUUUUCAGGCAGGAGGAGGCUGUGGGCUUUGGGGGAACUGACAGCCAUUGAGAGUGGGUACAGACAAGCUGUAGAGCUCAAACACUCGUACCCACAGUUGAAGCCACUCCCCAAGACUGUAGCAGUGAGGACAGUGUAUGAAGCCAGGAACUGGAGCUACCUAGUUCAACAUGGAGCCGUGUGGGGCAAUCAGGAAUUCAGCUUGUCUGGUCUCUACUCUGCUCCUGCAGUACUGGAGAUGGGGAACCAGACCCUGAAGGUUCAGAUCAGCUGCAUUCCUCGCUGGAUCAUUUUGGAGGUAACACUGGAGCGUUCCUUACAAGGCCAACUAGACAGUGUGUUACUGGGCUGGACAAGGCAUGGGCGACUGGAGCAGGUCAGAGCUCUCAGCUCAUGGAGUCGGUCAGAGGAGAUAAAUGAGACCAGGCUGGAGAUGAAGCAGCCGUUCUCCUCCACGCUCCGCCAGGUGUCCCUUCAUUCAUUGUCACACAGCUCCAAGAGGGAGCGACGCAGCAGCCACCAGACCAGUCUGUCAUGGGACAGUGAAGUCCCUGUCAACGUCUCGCUCACUGUGCACAGGCAGUGGCAGAACGAAUCCAGCAGGGGACAGGCAUGUGCUCUGUUUUCAACACAAGAGAUGGCAGUGUCUUUUGUUAAAGGUUGUGUGUCAGUGGGUCAGGAGGGCAACUCAUAUUCACAAAAUGCAGAGCUAAGAUGGGACAACAGAAGUGUCAAGCAAGGCAUGAAGUACCAGAGGGGUCCAGGGGGAAUCCACAGCCUUCAGGUUAAUGUUGGGUUAGACAAAGUGUCUCCUGCACCCUGUCUUUCACACACACUGCUGGCCAAAGUCCAGACCAACCUCAGGGAUCAUUUGGAGCACACAGUGAUGCUGGGCCUCUGCCCUCCACAGCCUAUUGUGUCAUGGUCGGGAUCACACAGAGUGAACUCAGGAAAAGAGCUGUUUUACACGCAGUCUCGUUGGUCAGUGACAGGACGGCCAUACCAGUGCAGCUUCACCCUGGCCCUCACCAAUUCCUCUACCUCUCAGGGCACCAACAUGUCUCUGUUUUCUGAGUCUACGAUGGGUAACUGGAGUGUGGAGGUGGGGGGCAGUAUCCUGUCGUGGCCCCGGGGGUCUGGUCUCCAAGUGCAGGCUGGACUGGACCACAGAGAGAAGAUCUGGCUGAGUGGAACAGUACAGGGACAGUGUCUGCAGACCACUGCAGGUUAUAUGAAUGGUCCCAGGCUUCAUGAGGAUCUCACUUUAAUGGCAUGUGUGCAAAUAAAUCACAGUUUGAUACUGGAUGUUCAGAAGAGAGACAGCAGUGGUAAAUCUGCAGCUCUGGCCCGUGUCUCUGUGGGAACAGCCAAUCACAGGCUGGUUCUGAGAGCAAGUGGCUGUUUGGAGAGUCUGACUGCAGUGGAGACAAGGCUUCACUAUUUGAGCUCUCAGAUACAAACUAAGCUGUUGGAGAGAAUCAAGACAUUUCAGCAUGUCCUUACUGAUUUCAGACGACAGUCCAGAGACAGUGAGUUGCUCCAGGAACUGAGCUCUGUACCUCUUCACGUUUCCCAUCACGUUGAGGCCCUGCUGGGCCACAGAGACAGAGGUGUGUUGGCUCUGUGGGAGAACAGCCCCCUUCGUCGUACCGUGACCAGCAUCCUACCUCAGUUCCUGAGACUGCUGCAGCACACCUCUCUCCUGGGACAACAGGAACUGAGGAAGCCCCUGGCCACUCUGGCAGGUGUGUACCAGGAUGUGACGGGCCACAGGCUGGAGGUGCUGUGGUGGGAGGCUGUGUCAUUGUGGACUGACAGGGUGGUGGAGGUCCUGCCUGCUCUGCUGGGGAACCCUCAGCUGAGGCCGCUGGCUCAGGCAGGCAUUGCCGCUCUCAGGGUCGCCCUGAAUGCGGCAGGGGAGCACACCUACCACUGGAUGGAGACCAGGUUGGCCAUGGCUCUGUCUGGAAUCAGGAAACAACUGGCUUCUGUCUAUAGAAUCUCCCCCAGUGAGUGUUCAGUGAGUGUGUCGGUGCCACUGCUGUCGCUCCCCUGGUCGAAGGUGGCUGAGGCCGGGUUGGUGGAAAUCCUUCUGGAGGAGUGGCUCCUGAAGCCCCUGCAGACCCUUGCCUCCAUCAGACCCACGGCGGAACUUUACCACCUCAAGAGGAAGAUGAUGGACAGCCCAUUUCUACAUCAAGCUCUGCUGGUGGCAGAUCAGUUUGUGGUGACAUUUGAUGGCCACUUGUAUGAACUUCCGGGCUCUUGCCCUCUGCUCCUCGCCCACGAUGUCAGCACUGACCCUUCAUUCACACUGCUGCUCAGUUCAGACUCACACACUCGCCUCCUGAUAGAAAUGAAUAACAGCACCGUCAACAUUCAACACAAUGGACAGGUGAAGACCAACUGCGGCAACACUGUAACACAAACAUUUUCCCGUGAGAGUGGGGUGGAUGUCACAAGAGGGUCAAACAUUGUGCAAGUGUCCAGUCAGAAUGGCGUAUCUGUGUCAUGUGAUCUGCUGCUUGAGGUGUGCAUCUUGACUAUCGAUGGAUGGUUACAUGGCACAUCCACCGGUCUGUUAGGGACCAAUGACAAUGAAGUGGGGAAUGAUUUCCCUUUGCCUGAUGGAUCUCAAGCUGAGAACUUGGACAGCUUUUUCUAUAGCUGGCAGAUGCGACCAGAGUGUAGCAGACCUCCGGCUACAACCGAGCACUUUUCUAAAACAGCCACAAGUCCUGUGAGCUGCGACUAUCUGUUCUCUUCUCCCGAUUCUCCACUGAGUUCCUGUUUCAGGGUGGUGGAUCCUGGCCAGUUCUUGUCUGUGUGCGAGCUGAGCACUUCCAGAGCCCCGUGCAGAUUAGCAUCUGCUUUUGUCCAUCUCUGCCAGCAGAAUUACAUACCACUGGAGGUCCCUGUCCAGUGCAUGAAAGUAUGAGAGAAGGAUGAAGAUUUAUGACCCCUGUUAGCUGCUAAAACAUCUACACUCUUAUACCACUGGCUGUGCUACAUUCAUUUUCCUCAUACAUUUUUUUUAAAUUCAAAUUUGUAUCCUAUUCUGUAGCUUUUGUCCUGUUUAGACAUGCAGAUAUUUUAACAGCAAUGUGAAUGUGAACAUGCUAACUAUAGCAAGUAGUUUAUAAUAAUCAUACGGCUUCUUUUUUGUAUUUUCUGUGGUUUGUAGUACAAACACUAAGGAUAUUUGUGACUGACUUUAGUGCAACUACAGUAACUAGUCCUCACAAUCAAACCUGGAUCAUAUGAAGAUCAACAAAUAGUUUUUAUACAGUUUGAUAAAGUGCCUUUAAUACAUAGUUGGAUUCUGUGUAUAUUAAAUACAUGUUUUCUU